CCUGACGCUUACUUAAACUGUAAUCUACACACGCCAGACGCACGAAAGCGGGCAAGAAGGUUCUGCGAAAUUCAAAAUGCGUUCUUCUUUGUUUUGCCUUCCUUAGCCUCUGAACUGCUGCACGUGAAUGGAUGGGUUAUGUAGCCGUAGUAUCAUUUGAUUUGACCUUGUUUGCUAGCCAUUUGACCCAGAAAACCACUUGGACUUUCACCACUUGGACCUGUUCUCGAUGAGCGACUUGUGGGACUACGACGACGAAGAGACCGAACCGCUAGAGAACGCCGUGCUAGACCAGCCAGCGCCCCAAGCGGCCCUGCCAGAGCAGAAUGCGGAUUCUGAGGACUUGUCGGGCUCGUUGAGCGACGACGAGCCCCAGUUAGCGACUGGAAAGAAGCGUGGGCGGCCGCCGAAGAAGGACAAAGCGGCAGCGCCGGUCUGCGGCAAGAGCAAGCGCGGGCGAGGCGGUGCUGCAGCCGCGGCGUUGACGGGUGCCCGCGCCCAAGUGCCCCUGGCGCAGCAGCAGCUGCCAGCUGAGGUGGUAGACCUGCUGGACUCAGACGCGGACGAUGAUGACGACUUCUUACUGGCGCCAACGCCGGCGCCCGACGGCAAAGCCUCCGCUGCGCCUGCGCCGGCCGCCACGCCCUUCGGCGGCGCGCCGACCGGCGCGUCCAAAGACGCAACUUCGAUGCUAAAGCCGGAGACGCGCACCUCCUUGCAAAAGGAAUACGACCUGCUCGCACAGCUCCGAGCAGCACAGGCCAAGGUGGCGGCGGCGGUGGUCGAGGACGCGGCACCGGAGCCGGAGGCGACGCCCUACCGCCGGCCCCUGGCGGGCCUGGUCGCGGGGCUGAACCGGCCGGCGACGCACCGGCCGCUCGGAACUGAUGCAAACGGAGGCGCCGCCGGCAGUGUUGGCCUAGGGCAAGGGUUAGGGCUAGGGCACGGGCACGGCGGCGAGGCGAGUGGCUUGGCGGCUGGCUCGAUCUCAGGCGCUGCCCUUGGCGGCGGCAGCGGAGCCGAGGCUGGCAGCUGCGUGGUGGGUGCCACAUCCAGUGGUGAGGCGGCGGCGGCGGCAGCCGCCGCGGCGGCGCAGCCUGCGGAGGCUGACCGCGUGAAGCUGAAGCUGCAGUGGGGUCCCAACAAAGACGGCAGCGUUAUGCUGCGGACGGUGAAGAGCGACCCCAUCUGCAAGCUUCUGGACCGGUUUAGGGCGCUGGCGGCGGAGAGGCGGCUGUGCGCCGACCCCAAGAAGAUCAAGUUCAUGUUGGACGGGGAUGACCUCGCCAAGACGCCUAACACAACACCCGAGGACUUGGACCUGGAGGAUGACAUGAUCAUCGAUGUGAAGCUGGGGGCGCCCGCGUGAGUAGCGUGGAGUGGGCGGCGGCGGCAGUGGCGGCGGCAGCAGGAGCAGGUACCGUAGCUGAGGCGGGCUACUUAGCCUGGGCUGCGUCUAGAGGCUUGAGCAGCAGCAUAGGCUCGUGCGAGACUGGCGGUGAGGCACCAUGCCGGGCAGAAGCGGCUGCAGUCGUAGGAGUGCAAUCCGCCCUCGUACCUGCGCGCUGGCAGCGGUGAGCAAAGCAGCUGGGCAUACUCGGGCUGCAGCGGAGGCCGGGCGCUUUCAUUUGAUGUGGGUCGGAAACUGGAGCGGGAGGAAUGCCCGGUGCGGGCGCUGGGAGAGCGAUGCGCAUGACGCUUCUUACGCCUGGCGUUACUGACAGGCUGCGCGGCUUGUCGCAGACAGCAGCGGUGUUCAUGAAGACAUGGAACGUGUAUGGGGGGGUUGGUUUGAGUUCGGGGAUUCUGAAGUUACUGAGUUUACAGAGGCGGGGUGGGACUGGGUGGGCAUGAUUGCGCAGGUGGCUACCGAUGCGCAAGGGUGCCGCUGGUCCGAACGGCACGUACUGUUGGUUCCGGAUUCCACGGAUGUAACGAACGGAUACUGAGUUUUACGGCUACCUGAGGGGCGUUGGAAACGGGGGGCGUCGGUGGGACUCGUGUGGAACGGUGGGAAUUGGUGGGAAUCGGUGGGAGUCGGUGGGGAUCGGUGGGAACGGGGGAGCCGAACGGGUGGGACCGGCCCUUGGGGUUGCCGACCGAGUUUACUGAUUUCACUUUUUGCAUGGGCGUAGGAUCGCGCCGUUUACCCAGGCAUGUGAUCUGAUUGGAUUGAGAGUUUAUGAGUGUUAGCGAACAGGUUGACGGUGUAUAGACGAGACGGAUGCGUGGUCGUUUGGGCUGCAUCUUGAAGCUUGGACCGCGCAAUGCAGCUGCUGCGUCUAGCUACAGGCAGGCGCUCAAAGGCCGAGAUUGGGUCCAGUGCUUGAGCCAUUUAGUGGUGUGUGGAGGCCAUGUGAAGGAGACGGUUAUGUGGCAAGUCAGGUACUGUGAUACUCGUGGGGGUGCCAUCCCAGGGAGUGCCUGGCUUGCGGCUGCAGCUGCUGUUGACAGCGGCACGCGAUGGUGCGUUGCCUUGGUGUGACUCACAACGAAGGACAGCAUUUCUAGUUUCUAGAUGGCGGGUUGCACGCGCGAUUUACAUAUUGGGAGGCUGACGAACGUGCACGAAGUCGUGGGGUCAGGAGCGGGUACCUCGCGGUUUGUGUUAGUCACACGCAAAACAUGCCGCGUUUUUCAAAUGUAUAACCGUCAAGAAUAUAGCUGCUAGUAUACAGUAGAGGAAGACGCUGCGGCGCGUGACAGGCGGCCCAAAUUUAGCUGUGAUCGCUUCAUGGAUUCGCUGUGAAAAAAACAGUU